GCUGGAGCUCUCAGUAAAAGGAAUCGUGGAAGUACAAAUACUUUGUAUAAAAAUCAAAACAAAAAAGCUGUAAAUUCUGAAAUGAAGGUUCUGGACGACGAAGAAUUACGGACAGUCCACCAGGAUCUCGCCAACUACUUUCCAAAAUCGUUGCAGAUGCACUACAUGAUUGGGAAUCGGAUACGCAAGGAACCUGACUGGCCCGGAACGGAGUUUGUUGUGGAUGAUUUUCCGAAUUACACCGUUGUCAUUCGCCGGCCUAUCGCAGGCUCUAAAGAUUACGUGCCCUGGCCCCGCACGGCAAGUGUUCUAAUAUUCUGCAAGGAUGUCCAGAAGCUGGAGAGCUUUUUACUGGCGAAUGGCUGCGUCGACUAUUCAGAACCUGUAACGUUUUUCGGUAUAUCACGGAAUGAUGUCUAUCCAGUAGUCAUAGAGCUGUCCAAAAAACUUGGGACAGUCGAUGAACAAGAUCCUCCAGACUGGGGAAACAUGUUUUUACUCCACCCGGAACAUUUAGUCAAAACGCCGAUACCGGAGGGCUUCCGGUUGGGUGAAUUGCGCGAAGAGCACGCUGAACAGUUGAAUGAAGAAUGGCGGUACAGCGGCGGACAAGCAGUACCAUUUUUCAAACAGAUCCUCAAAGCCGGCUAUCCCACCAGUGGUGUCUUUACGGAGGAUGGCCAGUUGGUGGCGUAUAUCCUAAACCUACCUGACGGCUGCAUGGGUCACGGAUACGUGCAGCCCGAAUACCGGAAUAAGGGGCUGUUUCAAGUGGUCAACUACGACUUGGCGACGAAGAUUAUCGCGAGGGGGAAUCGCACCGCCUGGGCUUAUGUUAUGAAAUGGAAUACGGUCUCGCAGAAUGCCUACCGGAAGUUGGGAGCAAAGCUGGUGGAUGAUCGAGAGUUUUGUGUGGACUGGGUACAUUAUCAUCCAAAGCAUGAUAAUAAAAAGUGAAAUACGUUUAGGAAGAUACGGCGUCCGCUGCGGCAUUUUCUGAUAUUGGAUUUGUGAUUGAUUUUUUUUAUUAACCAUUCCCUCGUACUUGCUCAACCAUUAACCUAUGAAAGAAGACAAUAAUUUGAGUCACCUGACAUAUAACUGCGCGAAUAAAAAGAAGUUAAGUAUAAAAAAGGUAUAUCUGUACUCGUAG